AUGGCCACCGAGCAGCGUCGCCAGUUCGGCCCAGAGAGUCUGGAGGAGGCGCUGGACCUCGCGCGUCAAUGCGCGAGGCUGAAGGAGGAGUGGACGGAGCUGGACAACACCUGGGAGGAGGCUUUGAGGCUACGGCACCUGCUGUACCUGGCGGCCAAGCCGGACUUCGUGCCCCCCGCACGGUUCCAGCAGGCCAUGGAGACCUGCGUGGAGUGCCUCCUCGCGGGCUCCGGCGGCUCCGGCGCCGGGAACGCCUCGCUGCUGUCGCCGGAGCGGCUGCUGCAGCUCCUGGACUCCCCGGACGCGCUGCCGCUGCUGCAGUACCUCAGCUGGCUGGAGGAGGCCCUGAAGGAGAUCACCAGCGGCGACGGCCCCUCCGGCAGCAGCUUCCGAACGGUGCUGGUGCCGCAGCGGGCCAAAGGGGCGCUGAAGAGUUGGCCGGCGGAGCGCUCGCUGCUGCAGCAGUCCGCGUGCGCGCUCUGGGAGGCAUUGCUGCUGCAGGGGCCCAAGCACCUGAGGCACGCGAAGGAGUGGCAGGAGGCGUUACAAGAGCGCCAGGCCAUCCAGAGGCACCAAACGGAGGAGUGCCAGCGCGUGGCGCGGGAGCUCCAUGAAACAGCGGGCUUUUUCGUGGCGCAGGUGGAGGAGCACUCGGGCGCCGAGUGGCCGGAGCUCGCCCGGGUGACCCAGGAGUCUCUCUGGAGAGUGCAGCAAGUGGCCGGCGACCUUCUACAGAACCAGAAGGAGUGCUGGUCACAGGCCAUGGAAGACUACGAGGCGUUCGCCAGCCGCGUAUCCUCGUGCCGGGCGUCCUUGCAGGAGGUCCGGCGGCAGGUUCGACGGCAUGAGCAGGCGUUCAGCCAGGCGGCGCAGCGCUUUACAGAGGUGGCGAACCAGUUGGUCGCUUGGACCAGCGUACUUGUACCGAAGCUGCGGGUGCUGGAGGCGAAGCGCGCGGAGCUCAGGGAGGCCCUGGAGCUGCGGAAGCGCCUGCCGCUCCUCGAGCGGGAGCACAUGCACGCGGAGGACGAGUUGGACACGGCACAGACGGAGCUGCGCAAGCAGAAGCGGCGUCAGGCGUCAAGCCAGCGCCGAGGGGAGGCGGCCACGGCCGGGUACAUCUUGGAGCACCAGUGCGAGCUUCGGGUGGCACAUGCUCAGAAGCGGGCGGAAGCGCUGCAGGAAGAGCUGCGGGAUGCCGAGAGGAGGCUUCAGGGUGCGGAGGCAAGCUUGCCGCUGCAGCUGAACCACCAGGCGUCCGGUACUGCGAGCUCCGCUCCGGUGGACUCCCUGACCGUGGAUCCCCACCUCACCAACGAAGAGCGCCUGGCCUUGAAGCUGGCCACGCUCCAGCAGUUCCACGAGGAGAUGGUGGCUGUGGCCACGGAGUCCCAGGCGGAGCACGAGAAGAUGCUGCGGAAGGUGGAGCAGCGCAAGGUGCAGGCGGCCAUCAAGCAGGCGGUGGAGCCGGACUUCAUGCCGGGGGUCCGUGGGGAUUGGGGCGGGUAUGAUGGACAUCGAGGAAUCCGAUUCACAGUCCUCCGGUGGCUUUUCGACUUGUUGGCCGGCUUGUACGGAUUUCUGACCGCGUUCGACGGGAUCACCGAGGAGGAGGCGGCGCGGCGGGUGGAGCAAAUGGCCCGCCUCAACAUCCGGGAGUGGCAGUUCUACGAUGCAGUGGAAGGCUACUCCAGGCCGCCAGCGAAGGGCCAAGCGCAGUGGACGAACGGGGCCUUCUACGGCCGGGUGAGCCGGAAAGUCUUGGAGGCCUACAUCGCAGCCAUCAGGGCGGCGGGCGGAAGAUCCUGGCUCUAUGUGCAAGCCAUGGCCACGGAUCCGGGGGACGCUGAGCUGCAGAGCGGCCACCAGAUGAUCGGUCGGCACAUUGUGGACGGCCGGCCGCUGCUGGAUGUGGUGGCACCCACCAAGACUUGGGCCCAGCGCUUUGCGGAGCAAUGGGGGCACUUUGCGGCGGAGCUGAACUUUACGGGGAUUCACUGGGAUAGUUUGGGGGACUGGGACGGCGGCAAGGCCACCGCGGCGGGCGCGGACUUCCCGGGCUUCCUGCAAGAGACGCAGAAGCUGCUGCAGGCUUUGGGCCUACAGCAGACCGCCAACUUCGUGGACGGCUUCGGGUGGUCCUUGGAAGCCAAAGCCGUGGUGGAGUUUCCCUACUGGGAGACUUGGACCAUCCCCGCGGUGUCCGCCAGGUUCUUCGCGGAGGCGGCGCAGGGAGGGGGUGCAGUUUGGGCCUGCUACCCAGGCAAGGACGCCGCGCAUGACGGGGAGGCGCAAAACCGCCACUUCCAGGGGGUGGAGCCCGCGCAGCUGAUGUCGGAGCGCUGGCAAGCGGCCCAAUGCACCGGCAACGCCUAUUUGCUGAUCGGUGACGGGGAGCGGCGCAUCCAGACGGAGUACUUCCCGGACACCGUCGCCUUGACUGGCGAGGAGAUCCUGCAACUUCAGAACCCGAAGGAAGAUUGCAACUACAGCGCCUACCAAAGCGCAAGCCAAAGCGUGAAUGCUGCCAAGAGGGCGAGGCCGAGUGUCAUGCUGCUGGUCCUGGCAGCGGAUGGCUUCACCUACGAGCGCCAGGCCAUUGAGAAAUGGCUGUCCAUGCACAACACCUCCCCCAUGACCGGGGCGGUGCUGGCGCAUCGGUACCUCACGGAGAACUUCGCCCUGCGGCACCUCAUCGAGGCCUACGAGUCGCAGCUCUCGGAUCCCAGGACGGGGCAAGCUGAAGACGCGGCCACCACCGCGCCGGGGCGGGGUCGCAUUAAAGACCUGCCGCGGCCCGAGCCGGGGGAAAGCGGAGCGACCUCGGUGACCUGUCAGAUGCGGCGAGCCAAGCUGGGGGAGGUCUGA